CCAGAAUGGCGGACGACGAGGCUUUGGGAUUCGAACACAUGGGCCUGGAUCCCCGGCUCUUGCAGGCCGUCACGGACCUGGGCUGGUCGCGGCCCACGCUGAUCCAGGAGAAGGCCAUCCCGCUGGCCCUGGAGGGGAAGGACCUCCUGGCUCGGGCCCGCACCGGCUCGGGCAAGACGGCCGCCUAUGCCAUUCCCAUGCUGCAGCUGCUGCUCCACAGGAAGGCGACCGGCCCCGUGGUGGAGCAGGCUGUGCGCGGUCUUGUCCUCGUGCCCACCAAGGAACUGGCGCGGCAGGCCCAGUCCAUGAUUCAGCAGCUGGCCGCCUACUGUGCCCGAGACAUCCGGGUGGCCAAUGUCUCCGCCGCCGAAGACUCGGCCUCUCAGAGAGCUGUGCUGAUGGAGAAGCCUGACGUCGUGGUGGGGACCCCAUCGCGCAUACUGAACCACUUGCAGCAAGACAGCUUGAAGCUGCGGGACUCCCUGGAGCUGCUGGUGAUGGACGAAGCCGAUCUCCUCUUCUCCUUUGGCUUCGAGGAGGAGCUCAAGAGCCUUCUCUGUCACCUGCCCCGGAUUUAUCAGGCUUUUCUGAUGUCGGCUACUUUUAACGAGGAUGUGCAAACGCUCAAGGAGCUGGUCCUGCAUAACCCGGUCACCCUCAAGUUGCAAGAGUCCCAGCUGCCAGGGCCAGAGCAGCUACAGCAGUUCCAGGUGGUCUGCAGCACAGAGGAAGACAAGUUCCUGCUGCUGUACGCCCUGCUCAAGCUGUCGCUGAUUCGGGGCAAGUCCCUGCUCUUCGUCAACACUCUGGAGCGCAGCUACCGGCUGCGCCUGUUCCUGGAGCAGUUCAGCAUCCCCGCCUGCGUGCUCAACGGGGAGCUGCCCCUGCGCUCCAGGUGCCACAUCAUCUCACAGUUUAACCAAGGCUUCUACGACUGCGUCAUAGCGACUGAUGCCGAAGUCCUGGGCGCCCCGGUCAAAGGCAGGCGUCAGGGCAAAGGGCCCAAGGGGAACAGGGCCUCUGAUCCGGAGGCGGGGGUGGCCCGUGGCAUAGACUUCCACCACGUGUGUGCCGUGCUCAACUUCGACCUUCCCCCCACCCCUGAGGCCUACAUCCAUCGAGCUGGCAGGACGGCACGUGCCAACAACCCAGGGGUAGUCUUGACCUUUGUGUUGCCCACAGAGCAGUCCCAGCUGGGCAGGAUUGAGGAGCUUCUCGGUGGAGAGAACGGGGCCCCCGCCCUGCUUCCCUACCAGUUCCGCAUGGAGGAGAUUGAGGGCUUCCGCUACCGCUGCAGGGAUGCCAUGCGCGCAGUGACGAAACAAGCCAUCCGAGAAGCACGGCUGAAGGAGAUCAGGGAGGAGCUUCUGCACUCGGAGCGGCUGAAGACAUACUUUGAAGACAACCCCAGGGACCUCCAGCUGCUGCGCCAUGACCUGCCCCUGCACCCUGCCGUGGUCAAGCCUCACCUGGGCCACGUCCCUGACUACCUGGUUCCUCCUGCUCUUCGCGGCCUGGUUCACCCGCACAAGAAGCGGAAGAAGCCGUCCUCCAAGAAGGUCAAGAAGGUGAAGGCCCAGAACCCACUGCGCAGCUUCAAGCACAGAGGAGAGAAGCGCAGAGCCAGGGCGGUGCCCUCCUGAGGUCGUCCAGGCGGCCUCGGCUAUCUUCCCGGCCUCGUGGGGCUGAGCACAGCAGGAAAGUGGGGUUCCCCCUCGACGGAGGGACUGAUUCCCACCCUGGACGAAUGCAUAGGCUCUGGAGCAGGCAGACUGGCCUCCAGAUCCGUGCGUGGCCCUGCCAGGCCACGGUCUGUGCCUUAAAGACAGAAUAAAGAUUCUGGCUGCCUCCAUCUGGGCCUCCUGCAGGUUUCAGCCCUCUGAAACCGCUCCUGGGAGGCAGUGCCCGGCGCUCUGCCUGCUGCAUGCGGCCCCGUGGCCAGCAGGGGUAAUUGCUGCCCUGCAGCGGGGCCUUCGGGAGAUGCCUGCCCUGUCCAGGUCUCUUUCCAGCCCACACCUGCUCCUGUGCCUUUCUGCUUGGGGUCACACUGACCAGCCUCCAUCCCCUGAAGCUCCGAAACGACAGCUCACCCACUGGGAAGUGGGGCCCUGCUCACCUCGGGCCUGCUGCCUCCCCUCCUUGGGCCGCCAGGGAUGCAGCCCUGAGCUCCUGGCACUGCUGCUCCCGUCAGCACUGCUGUGCGUGUGCCGAGUGAAUGGGUGGUGCUGUGAUGGCUCACACACCUCGUUCUUUGCUCUCCACUUGGCCAGGAGGCCCUAGGAGAGGGUCCCCCAGGCCAGGCCUCCCAGCUCCUACUGCCCAGAGGAGGGCUCUGCAGCUGCCCUUGAUUGUGGCCCUCAUCCCAGGACCUCGUCAGGCCUCACAAGGCCAGGCUGCUGCGGGAG